UCUGAUUUGAAUAAUUAAGAAGAUUGAAACGGAUUUUAUUUCUCAAUUCAGCCGGUUGAUAUUUAUUCGGAAUGCUAAACAAAUAUAUCAAUUACAUAUUGCAUAGAUCAAAGGUGUUUAAGACAUGUAAAUAAGUAAUUAUAAAUACAUUUGUUUGAAUGGUUAACUACGCGGAUAUAUAUGAAAAAUAAAUAAGCAAUACCAACUGAAGAAAUAAACCCUAAACUGACAUGAAUCUCUUUACCGAAUGGGUGUCAUUAGUUCUAAUCUCAAACUGCUGUCUGUAUGGCAUACGAAUUCAUGUUCAAAUGCUGAGUCUGACGACGAUAGAAGCCUCGUGUCAAGGUUCGAUGACGUCUGCUAUAUUCUAUAGAAAAACGGCAACUGGUAACACUUUCGAAAACAUCGUGAAAGUGGUCAAUGACGACACUGAAUGUGAAACUAAGACUGUAUUAUCAAAGACAGCAGUGCAAUGUUUGUGUAAGGACAGAAACCAAGUUCGUUGCGUAAUAUCAGAAAUUACGUUCCAUUACUCCGAUGAAUGGUAUUGUGCCAUAUUUACAAACGGAAGUCUUGUUAACAGCGAUAGUGUGUCCAUGUCAAAACAGGAUAUAAUACUUGAUGUACAAGAAGUUAGUAGUUCAACUGAUGCAACAACAACAGUCGAGGUAUCCCCGACCAUCACAGAUGAGAUGACAAAGUUCAACAGUAUAGCCGCACAAACAGCAGGUACGGUCGAAAAUGUGACGGAAACUCCAAAGUUUGACAAGAACGCAACCGUGUUAUUCGCCAGUGUGGUCGGCGUCGGAUUCGUUUUUAUUGCAGCUGUUAUUUCCACAUCAGUGUUCGUGUACCGGAAGUGUACCACGCAGUCUGCUGUCGUCAAAAUUAGGCGAACUCCGAUAGCGAUGUAUAUUACAUCGAUAAGUGAUUGUUCUCCUGAGAUCCACACCAACGCUAGACAAGGUGAACCGACAACAUCACUGCAAAACAUGGAGGUGCUCAAUUACACGGACUCUCUUGAUGGCAAUUCAGAACCGAGUUCUACGGAGUCAGCUACUAGCCACUACGAAAUCAUCCCAACGCAAUUGCAAUCAGGAAAGAGUGGAUCUGACGAUGAACCACACAUAAACAUCCGAUCGAGUCUCGCAGAUAACACGGUCAGCAAGGAAUGUUCAGGCGUGGGGAUUCACCAAGGAAACAUUUUCCAAUCAGUUCAGAUUGAUACUAUAGCAGAUAUUACUCUUAUCACUGACAUCGCAGAAGGAACAGAAGCUAUACGAAAAAGAGGGUCUGAUGAAUUCCGUUAUGAGAGCCUUAUGUGAAAUAGAGUUGAAAAGUCUCAAGAAAAUGCGUUCCAUUGUAAACAAGAAGAAAUUGAAGAUCUUAUCAAAUAGUCCAUAAUUUUUACUUAAAAUAAAAUGUUUAACUUUAAAAGCUUUAUUAAGCACGUUCCCCUCAACUAAAGACAUAGUAUAUACUCACAAACUGAUUGUGAGCGAUAUGCUAUAUUUGUAAUUGGUUUCUAUGAUAAUUUUUCUACUGUGAUUGACUUAAUCAUGCGCAUUGUAUCAGUCAUUAUUAAACAAUUACAUCGUAAGUACAUGCAGUCUUUAUAUUCAUGGAAUGGUAAAAUUAUUCAACAAUCUUCAUAAGCUGUAUUUGUAGUAAAUUUAUUGUGCUUCUCUUGUAAAUGCAAGUGACAAAACAUGUUCAAACAUAUUACCAUUUAAAUGUAUAUGUUUGUUUAAACAAACUUGAGCCAUUGCUUUUGUUGCAUACUCAUUUAAAUAUAAAAACCGAUGCUACCUUUUCCACAAGCAAAAGCUAAUUUGAUAUCCAUGAAUUAUAAUUUAUAAAUACAUGUAAGGUUAUUUUCGUGUAUAAAACAGUAAAAUGAUGUCAAAAGAAAAUUAUUUUAGCCAAAUAAUAUAAUCUUAAUAAUUUACUGAUGACACAAAAAGCUGUUUACAUCCUCUAUGCUAAUUGAUCUAAUAUAAUAACACUGAGUGCAUUUGUGAAAACUGUUUAGACUAAGGAAUUUCAAGCUGGCUAGGUUGUUUUGGCGUUGUGGAUAUGGCGUCUUCCUAUCGACUGUGAUGUCUCUUUGUAAAUCCCCAAAGUUGAAGUGUGAUUAAGAUUAUGAUUAGGACAAACGAUACUGGUCCUUCGCACGAAACAGACUCGAGAAUGAUUUCUCAAUAAGCCUCAGACUUUCGACUCAAUCAAGCUAAAGUAAAUGCAUUCAACAAGCACUCGUUAUUAUGUCAUAAACUAAUUAAACAUAACUAGAUUGGUGUGAUGUGUCGAAUUAAUUUUGAUUACGAGGAUUAUCUAGGAAUUAUAAGCUAAAUAUACAACAUACUUGCAAUUUGAAUAUUUUAUAAAUACAGUUAUCUCACGUGGGAUUCAUGAUAUUUGGCCCCAAAGUAUCGCCAGCUAAAAACUAUUUCGCCACUAAAAGUUAUAUCAACACCAAAAAACGAGCGAUUUUGUAGCCAUAAAUGAAUCACGUCUGUACUGCACACAUUUAGUUUUUAGCCAUUUAUUCAAUUUUACUCAGUUAAAAACGUAAUGUCGUGUUUUCCACAUUUCUUUAUUUUCACAGUCAAAUAAAACGUACGGCAAUUAUUAAUAUAUCGGUAGUCAUACGAGCUUCUGUUUUUGUCAAUCGUCUGGUUUCUAGGCUUGGCCGCUGGCUAAAAAAUAAGUUAAUCAAGUACAUAGAUGACAAGAACGCGCAUAGAUGAUUUCUUUAUAGACAGAAAUGUAUAGAAUAUUCAUAGUUGUUUACAAUCUAUGUUUAUAUCCCAUCAGAGUAAAUCAUUGGACCUAAUAAAGAAAAUCGCCAUUGUUAAUUAGUUUAUUUAUUGCACAAUUUGAUCGUCCCUGAACCUUUGUUUAUCUCUGGAAACCAAAACUGUCCUUUUUUCCCCAAACAAUGGAUCGUGUGAAGCCCAGAGCUAGGCAAAACUGCUUCUUAUAUCGAAAAUAAAAACUAACAAAAACACAACCAAAUUAGUUUAAUGGCAAAAAGGUUUUGUCAAUUUCUAUUUUGUUGAUUUAUUUUUUUAAAGAUUUUUGUUACAAACAUUUUGGACGCAAUUAAUGUUCAUUUUGUACAUUGCUAACAUGCAAUCGUAUACUUUGGAGAAAAUCAAUGUUUUGAUGUCUUUGGUUAUUAUUAACAAUACAAAUUUUACAGUUUG